ACUGGGAGCUGCUUGGCCAUGGCCCGGUCCAGGAGGGACUCGGUGUGGAAGUACUGUUGGGGACUUUUGAUGGUUUUAUGCAGAACUGCGAUCUCCAGAUCGAUAGUUUUAGAGCCUAUCUACUGGAAUUCCUCGAACUCCAAAUUUCUACCCGGACAAGGCCUGGUACUAUACCCACAGAUAGGAGACAAAUUGGAUAUUAUUUGCCCCAAAGUGGACUCUAAAACUGUUGGCCAGUAUGAAUAUUAUAAAGUUUAUAUGGUUGAUAAAGACCAAGCAGACAAAUGCACUAUUAAGAAGGAGAACACCCCCCUGCUCAACUGUGCCAGACCAGACCAAGAUGUGAAAUUCACCAUCAAGUUUCAAGAAUUCAGCCCUAACCUCUGGGGUCUAGAAUUUCAGAAGAACAAAGAUUACUACAUUAUAUCUACAUCAAAUGGGUCUUUGGAGGGCCUGGAUAACCAGGAGGGAGGGGUGUGCCAGACAAGAGCCAUGAAGAUCCUCAUGAAGGUUGGACAAGAUGCAAGCUCUGCUGGAUCAACCAGGAGAAACGAUCCAACAAGACGUCCAGAGCUAGAAGCUGGUACCAACGGGAGAAGUUCAACCACAAGUCCCUUUGUGAAACCAAACCCAGGUUCCAGCACUGACGGCAACAGCGCGGGGCAUUCCGGGAACAAUCUCCUGGGUUCCGAAGUGGCCUUAUUCGCAGGGAUCGCAUCAGGGUGCAUCAUCUUCAUCGUCAUCAUCAUCACCUUGGUAGUACUACUGCUCAAGUACCGCAGGAGGCACCGCAAACACUCUCCACAGCACACGACCACGCUGUCACUCAGCACACUGGCCACACCCAAGCGAGGUGGCAACAAUAACGGCUCGGAACCCAGUGACGUUAUCAUACCGCUAAGGACUGCAGACAGCGUCUUCUGCCCGCACUACGAGAAGGUCAGCGGGGACUAUGGGCACCCAGUGUACAUCGUGCAGGAGAUGCCCCCACAGAGUCCUGCCAACAUUUACUACAAGGUCUGAGGCCUGGGACCUGCGCCUCCCAAGGGAACUCGCGCCUUGAUGUGGGCGCAGGGACUGCCUGAGCCUGGCUGUGGGGGCGGGGUGCCUCCUGGAAGAGCCUGGAGCUGGACAGUUUUGUAGUCUGUAGCUUUUCGGCCUUGGGGAACCACAGACCCUCCCCGGAAGCUGGAAGACUGCUAGGAGAUUCCCACUUGGACUACCGCGUUCCCUCGCGGACCUCCAAGCCAUGCACCCAGCCUCUCAGGCAUCUGCAGAGCCCGGGGAGGACACGGUAGGCUAUGGAAGGUGCAGCAGCAUCUUAGGAGAAGGCCGUGCACCAGGCCGGCCCCUGCCUCCAUGUUUCCUGCCGUGCACGCUGGACUUGUCACUCGGACCUCGGGCUCAGUAAGGUUUUCAAAAAGAUCUCUAGCGUUUAGUCCUUACUCACUCCUUCUGUUGCCAGGGCUCCGACACCUCCCCAGACCCCUCACCACAUUCUGCAUCAUUAAGGGACCCUCACCGCAGAGUCCCGGCUCCACCCUUUACACCAAGAUCAAAUUAGAUGGGUAUUAGGUACAGAGUCCUGCUUUCCUGGAGUCUGGGUCAGCCGGGAAGGCUGGGAGGUGUGGAGACGGUGGGAAGGGUGCCGGCUUCCACCGGCUUCCAGCCACUGCAGGUCAAGGCUGCUGCCCCUGGAGCAUAGUGGGGAAGCCAGAAGGAAAUGAUAGAAGGUGCUUUGGUUUUACCGAAAGAGGCAGGUGGGAGACCACAGACUGUGGUCAGUGGUGCCCAACUCACCGUCACAUGGCUAGGCAGCAGGGAAUCAAAAAUCCCUCUUCCACUGUGGAACCAGAGGGGUCAUUUGUUGUGAUAGGACCAGCCAGAGCACAGAGGGAGAGGACAGGCCUCUGGCGAAGUCCUGGGGCAGGACUGUUGAGGUACUGGCAAUAAGAAAAUAAACUAAAGCGCAGCCCUGGAGCUGCGGGAGAGUCCGUCUGCUUUGGGAGAUGGUCUAAGCAGACUCAGCUGCUAUAUUACCCCAUUUUAUUAAACACAGGGAAAGCAUUUAGGAGAUUAGCAGAGAGCCAAGUCUGACCUACAAGUUGAAAAGCCAAAGGUCAAACAGGCUGUAAGUCCAUCACCACUGAGGUUAUUGGGGAAUUCUCAUUAGGAAAGGUAGGUCAGAUCCCCCUCCCCAGCCCCCAUAAGUGCCCCUCCCCCUCCCCGAUUGAGCCUUACACUUUGGUUUUUGGUUUAUGGCCGGCCGUGCUGUCCGGGCUGUGAGGCUGUACCCGGGCUCCGUUGUCAAAGCAAAGCACACAUGGCCCACGUCUAAGAGUCCUUAAGAUGGAAGUAAGUUAUGAUGUCGAGGGGAAGGAGGGAGAUAGGACAUAUUUAUAUUAG